AUGUCUGUCGAUGUCUGUCCGCCCGAACUGGGCUUCAAGCGGCCCUUCAACCAAGAAGUUUGCCAAAUCCUGCAACUGCACAACCCUGGCCGGGAAGCUGUCGUCUUCAAGGUCAAAACCACCGCCCCGAAGCACUACUGUGUCCGUCCCAACUCCGGCCGUGUUGAGCCCGGCAAAACUGUCGAUGUCCAAGUGCUGCUGCAGGCCAUGAAGGAGGAGCCCUCUGCGGAUGCCAAAUGCAAGGACAAGUUCCUGGUCCAGUCCGUGGCGGUCACUCGUGAGAUGGAAUCCAAUAACGUCACCUCGAUUUUCGAGAAGGCUUCCAAGUCUGCAGUGAUUGAGAAGAAGAUUCGCGUGAACUGGUUGGCUUCCGACGCCAACCUUGCCUCUGAUACCUCGAAGCUCGGCGCAAAUGACUCGGUCCUCGAAGAUGAGCCCCCGGCCUACACCUCCCCCGGUGGAAACUUCGAAACCCCAGCCCCCGGCAAGAAGACCGCCGCCGACCAAGCAUCGCCCAUCCCUCCCCCGGAUUUCUCCGAGAAGACCAAGUCCGAGUCCCCCCAACCCAGCGAGCCGGCCGGCGCAUUCGCAACUGCCAAGGCCGCAGUGGUCGGCGCCAUUCCCUCAAGCGACGAGCUGAAGGCGCAGCUUGCCGACGCGAACGCACAGAUUCAACGACUGAAGGAUCGACUGGCAGACCAGGGCUUGCGGCAGCGGAAGACCGGCACCGAAGCAAAGGCCGCACCUGCAACAAUGACGCAGCAGCACGCACCUACCGAGUCAGGAGUGCCCGUACAGAUGGUCGCGGGGCUGUGCCUCCUCAGCUUCUUGAUCGCCUACUUCUUCUUCUAG